AUGAUCCCAGAGGAGGAGCUGCUAGAGAAACCCAUCAAGCUGCGCAAUGCCUGCAUAUUCUACCUCGGUCACAUUCCUACUUUCAUGGACAUUCACCUCACACGUGCGACUCACGGCAAGCCAACAGAGCCAAGCUCCUACCCUAGUAUCUUCGAGCGAGGAAUUGACCCUGAUGUCGAUGACCCCGAGCAAUGUCAUGCUCACAGCGAAAUUCCGGACUCAUGGCCACCAGCGAACGAAAUCCUUGACUUCCAGUCGAAGGUGCGAAUUCGAGUCAAGAAGCUGUACGCUUCAGGUCAGGCAACCAAGGAUCGUGCUGUUUCAAGAGCGUUAUGGUUGUCGUACGAGCAUGAGAUUAUGCAUCUUGAGACGCUGUUAUACAUGCUCAUACAGAGUGAGAAGACCAUGGCCCCACCUACAACAGUGAUGCCGGACUUCCAAGCUCUGGCUCUUCAAGCAAGACAAGGUGCUGUUGAGAACCAAUGGUUCGAUAUUCCAGCACAAGAGGUGGAGAUCGGUAUCGAAGAUCCUGAUGACAACUCUGGUCCCGAGCACUUCUUCGGAUGGGACAACGAGAAGCCUAAGCGCACCGUUCAGGUACCAGCCUUCAAAGCCCAAGGAAGACCAAUCACCAACGGAGAGUAUGCCAAAUACCUUGAGGAGAACCGCAUUGAUACUCUUCCUGCAUCUUGGCAGACCCUUUCUCGCACCAACGGUGAAGAGACUACUAACGGGUCGUCAUCAGCUUUCCUCCAUGGCAAAGCAGUACGUACUGUAUAUGGGCCAAUCGCUCUGAAGCUAGCAUUGGACUGGCCUGUCUGCGCGUCAUACGACGAAAUUGCAGGCUGCGCUCGUUGGAUGGGUGGCCGCAUUCCAACUAUGGAGGAAGCUCGAAGCAUCUACCGCUAUGUUGAUGAAGCAAAGGCUAAAGCGCAUGAAUCGCUUGGAGCCAACAUUCCCGCCGUAAACGCGUCAGUACAACUAUGA